AUGAACCAAGACCUCUUCAUGGGAACUGACCUCUCUUACCUCCUUCAGUCCAUCGAGCACCAGCUCCUCGAUGAUUCCGAUCUCGCCAACAUUUAUCCAUCCAUGAAUUCCUCCUGCUGGGAACCCCCGGAGCCCAUCCUCAACAACUUUUUCUUCGUGGAGAGCGAUGAACCCGCCUUGAGUUUGGAGUACACGCCGCGCAUGGAAGUCGAGGAGAAGAAACAGGAGGACAAGGCGGCCCAGCCGGUCACCCGUGCGCCGCACGGGCGUAGCCGGUACAGAGGAAUAAGGAGGCGGCCGUGGGGGAAGUUUGCGGCGGAAAUUAGGUCACCGGCUAAGAAAGGUAAGAGGGUUUGGCUGGGAACAUACGAAACGCCAGAGGAUGCGGCACUGGCUUAUGACAGAGCUGCGUUUAAGAUACACGGCUCAUCUGCGAAACUCAAUUUCCCGCAUUUGAUUGGCAAAAACAUUCCCGAGCCUGUUAAGGUGACCCCUAGACAGAGGUCUUCCACUUCUUCGUCGUGCUCAUCGUCGUCCUCGUCUUCCAAUAGUGGCUGUAUCAAGAAGUCUGCGAAAGUUGCUACAAUUUACAGAUCAUGA